CACGUUGUAAAAUAUGGCGAUGGAAGGGGAGGAGCAACUGUCAAAUGAACUGGAAAAACCUGAUGAUACGGACUUAUUAAAGCAAUUAGACUUGCAGAUAGAAGAGCUUGACGAUGAUGAAUUUCAACUUCCUCCAGUUGAUGAGCUGCCAACACUGGAAAGUAUAUUAAAUGAGAACGACCCAGGGAGUGUUUCUGAUGAUGACCUUGUUAUUCCUCCUCCUCAUCCGAAGGCCUCUUUUUCCACUGAAGGGGGAGACACGUUGUCUGUACAUUCCCGAGGUAGCUCUGACUCGAGAAGUCGCACCUCAUCAACUGAGAGGUACAGCACUGGGAAUCGGUCUCGUAAAGAUGCCCCAACUAAAACUCAUGGAUCAGUUUUGCGUCAUGUUAUACUUAAGGGAGUUGCAGCUCAGCUAGUGUCUGCUCAUGAUCGAGUUGGUGCUGGGUUACCCACAACAAUGGCAGUGGGUAACAUCAUUUGUGUUGGCACUAGUCAUGGCCUUAUUCUUGUCUUUGAACCAACACAAGCACUUAAAUUUUGCUUAGGAUCCACACAGGUUAUUGUGGUUUCUCUACGACCCCAACUCAAGGUUCUGUUCUCACAUCCAUUGAAGGCUUCAGUUUCAACCCUUCCUCUUCUGUCCUGGCAGUUUGUUGUGAUACAGAUGCCAGAUGGAACAAGAGUUAUUGAUCCUGUGUUAGCAUUUGGGCGUGAGAAAACUGUGUAUUUCUAUCAGCUUACUCAUGGUAGUCAAGAGGAGCUUCAGUUUAUCCCUUUGCAGAAAAUGGGUUUGACAUUUGUAAUUCAGGGAAUGGCAUGGCUUAACUCCCGCACUCUAGCGGUAAUGGACACUAGAGAGCACCUGCAUGUUAUUGAUGUUAAGACACAGGAAGAGCAAGAGAUGGUAGAUUUGGCUCACCUAGGAUUGGUGUAUGCUUCACCACAUUUCAAAGCUAUUGCCACAGGAGGCAAUGUCAGCAAAGCUAUGGCAUUAUCUGGUGAAAGGGCUUGUUACCACUCAAUGGUCAGCUUUGGAUCACAAGUGCUUCUCCUCGGAACCAAGUCAUUCCAGGUGGUGACAGUGCGAUCCUGGGUAGAUCGGUUGGACUACUUGGUGAGAGGAGGUCAUAUGCGGGAGGCCCUUCAGCUUGCCCUUGAUAUCUAUCAGGACAAAGCCCAAGCAAUUGUAGGACUCAAACAUAAGAAGGAAAAGAGGCAGCAGCUAGUACAAGAGAAGAUUUCUGAGUUAUUGAUCCAAUAUCUAGACUCUGCCAUUAGCGAGCUACCAGAUCGAAGCAACUUGUCAGCACUUAAUCAGCAUUACACCCAGCUGGUUCCGCUGUGUGUACAGGUGGCAGUGGGGGCAAAUUUGAAGGAUGUUCUUUUCGGACGAAUUUGGGAGACCUUUAGUGAAGAUGGAAUUUCAAAAGGUAUUUACUUGGAAGCACUUGAGCCUUACAUAUUGAGUGACCAAUUAUGUGAUAUGUCACCCAGUAUAACCCAGUGUCUGCUUACCCACCAAGAGGUGUGUGGGAGACUUGAGGCAGCAGAGGCAUGCAUCGUCCACCUCCAUGUAACUUCCCUCGACCUUCAUCAGGCCAUGACUCUCUGCUGGACCCAUGGGUUAUACGAUGCAAUAUUUUAUAUUUAUACCCAUGGCAUGAGGGAUUUUGUUACUCCCCUCGAGGAGCUUACAACAGUGCUAUGUAAUGCUUUGGAUAGUGGAAAUGCAUUGACACACAGCCAAGUGAUGCUAGGGAAUAAAAUACUAGUGUAUGUGUCUUGUUGUUUGGCUGGACGAGCAUAUCCACAUGGUGAUAUUGAUCCUCAAGAAUUACAGCAAGUGAAACAUGAAAUUUUUAAAUGUAUUACAUCUCUGCAUUCAAAAAAUGCUAAACCCACUGAAAAUUCGUAUCCAUUCCUGAGAACUUUACUUAGAUUUGACACAAGAGAAUUCCUUAAUGUACUGGCUUUAGCAUUUGAGGAAGCAGAAUUCACCUCUGAGCUUGGAAUGCAACAGAGACAGCGAGUUGUUGACAUUUUGCUUCAGGUGAUGGUGGAAGGAGAGGGCUUUGGACCAGCACAGUUGGGAUCUCUCUUUACUUUCAUUGCUCGUCAGAUGUCUCGGCAGCAGGGUGCCAUUGCAAUCAAUAGACAACUUUUUGAUCAGGUACUAUGCCAUCUGACAGUUCCUGGCACUGAAAGCCACCACGAGGAGCGGCAGACAGCUUUACUGGAGUUAUUGCAAGAAGGCGGCCUUGUGCACUACGAUACUGAUCAUCUUCUGGAAAAAGCACGUAAAGCAAAAUUCUAUCGGGUGUGUGAAUAUGUUUACGAGGAAAGAGGAGAGCAUGAGAAGAUUGUUGAGUGUUAUUUGGAAGACAAGCUACGGAGACAUCAAGUUUUCACUUACAUACGUUCAGUCUUGUCAUCACCUCAGUUUACUGAUCUCCACGCUCAGAAGAUACAGCAACAAUUUCUCCGACAUAUAAAAACAUUGCUGGAUAUUGACAGCAGCCGUGUCGCCAGCCUUCUACUAACUAUGUCUCAGUUGACACCUCUCUUGAAUGAUAUCACACUACACCUAAAGGAUGAUGAUCAGUAUCUAUACAAUGCUCUUCAUGCACUCUUUACAUAUAGAUCCACCCAUGCAUCUCCAGGAGGGCGUGGUGCAGACCUCAGUGACAGUCCUCUAACCUCAAUACUUCAUGAAAAGUACAUUGACCUCAUGUGCAAAGUAAAUCCCAACCAAGUUUACCCAUAUCUUAAAGGUGCUGAAGGCUACAGACUGGAAAAAACUUUAGAGAUCUGCAAAAGGCACAAUCGACAAGAGUCAACAGCCUACCUUCUUGAAAGAGCAGGAGAUAUUAAAGGUGCUUUUGAUGUUCUUCUAGUCAUUCUCAAGACCAAAGUAGAUGAUCUUUUGUCUAGUGUAAAGGACAACGAAGAUGGUGCCACCAAUUUCUUGGUGUCAUUGGGUCAUGUUCAGGCUCAGGUUGUAAAGCUAGUGCGUGUGUGUCAGCUGGGGUCCAGUCAGCUGGCAGAGUCGGGGCGUCGAGAGUUGUGGUUUCCCUUGCUAGAUGUCCUACUGUCUACUCAGCCUCCACUUGUCAACCACCACCAAUUAGCUCAUGAGAUGCGUGGAAUGGUUGGUCAUGUAGUCAAUAGCAUGAUGACCCACAUAUCUCUGCCAGCAAUCUUAGAGCGUGUAAUGCAUGACCCUGGGUACUGUGGUGGAAAUUUUGCCCAGAUCAAACAUCUUCUAAAAGGAAUGGUUGAGAGAUAUGUUUAUGAGGAGACUCUGUAUGCGACCGUGGUGCGCAUGAUAGCAGGGGACCAGCUAAGAUACCUCACCCUGCAACACAACCAGGCUUGCUCUCCUCUUGUGGUCUACACAACCACCUGUGCAAUCUGUCAUAGUAUUUACCACCCGUCAAGCAAAGCAGUGGCACACAGUUGUGGCCAUAGUUAUCAUGCACAGUGUGGUGGAGAGUCAACUUCCUGUGUCCUCUGUGUUGGAAGCAGUCAGGAAGAAACAUCAGCAGAGGAGAUGCAGUCUAAUGAUGCAAAAUCUGAACCUUUGGCAGGACUGGAUGAGACACAGAUGGAAGGCAUUCGCCGUGUAAGAGCAUUAGGUUCAGGAGGAUCAAGAUUACAAUUCCUGGAAGAAUUAUCUACUCCACGGGGAGGAUGUGUUGGGGAAGCCUCGCCCACACCAACACAGUGGAGAAGUUUGGGCUCAGUAUCGGGAAAUCAGGAUAUUUGGCUGUCACAAAACUUUGCCUUGAAACUAGCACCACCAACCAUUGAUUUUGAAGAAGAUGGUACAUUCUGAUCACACAUGGAAAAUAUAGGUAAACAGACAAUUCUGGGUUUAAACAUAUUUGGUGUAACUUUUUUGUUUUUUUUUCUAUAUUUAGCAAGUUCUAAAGCACUAAAUAUGCUACAUAUAAAUUGAAAAUUGAAAAAUAUUACCAGAAUUUAAUACUGUAGGUAAUUUAUUCUAUAUAUUAAAGUCAUUGCAUGGUAAAAGCAAAUCAGCUAUACCUGGAAUGAAUUAAUGAUUGUUAAAGAAGAAUUAAAAUUACAAUACAAUGAGUGGAAUAAUUCAUAAUUAACCCUAACUUUGGAGAGAAAACUUUAUUUCUUGAUUGACCUGAUGUGCUACAAUGGUUCUCAGUCAUUGACCAAAAUGUUAAAAGUUUCCUUUCCAAAGUGCAGGCUGUUUGUGUAAUGAUUGUUAAAUAUAGUAUCUCAGCCUUUCUGACAGCUGAAUCAGGUGCAGGGUUAAAGACACACAAAAGAACAAAUAUAUAAAAUUUAAGGUUAAUUAAGUGAAGCCUAGUGAAAGUGUCAUUCUUUAUCAAUUUUAGCAAGGUUUGGUUACAUUGCUAGGUUAGUUUUGGUAUGAAAUUAAUAAUAUGCAUACAUAUUGUGUUAAUUCUCGUACACAUAUGUAUCAGUGCAUAAAAUUUUUGGAAAUUUAUCUAAGAAAAAUCUGGAAUGUAAUUUAUUUUACCUCUGACUAAAAAAAGGUAUGAUACACCAUAAAAUGCUUGGAUGAUUAAUAAAACCAAAAUUUAAAAAAUAAAAUAAACAUAAAAGUAGGGCAGGAAGCAUAAAACCUAAUAAGUUAUCAUACAUGUCAAUUAAAUUCCUUUAAAAUUAAUUACAACAAUGUACAUUUUCAAAAUGUUUAAAUACAUCAUUAAAGCCUUUAUAUCUGCUUGAUCAUCACUAAUUUGAUAGCCUCAUUUAUGCCUGCUUAUCUACAAGUAAAUGAGUUGAUACUUCAUGUGUGUUCAUGAAGUUUAUUUUUUAAAAUGUUUACAUAUAUGCCUUAAAGUAAAUAGUAAAAUUUUAUACAGUAUUAUAAAUAUAUAGAUUAUACUUUAUUAUAAAUAUAUGAGAGAUGAGGUGAACCAUAGACUUGAUGAAGGGAAGGAGGGUGGUGGUGCUUUGAGGCAUCUAUGGAGACAAAGAACUUGAUCCAUGGAGGCAAAAAGGGAUCUAGAAUUUAGUGGUACCAACACUGUUGCAUGGGUGUGAAGUAUGGGUUUUGAAUGUUAUAGCAAGGAGAAGGCUGGAGGUAGUAGAGAUGUUGUGUUUGAAGGCAAUGUGUGGUGUGAAUAUUAUGUAGAAAUUUCGAACUUUGGGAAUUAGGUAGUGUGGAGUUACCGAAAGUAUUAUUCAGAGGGGUGAGGAGGGGUUGUUGAAGUUGGUUUGAACAUUUAGAGAGGAUGGAGAAAAAAAGACGAUUAAUUGGGCAUAUAAAUCAUGGGUGGAGGGAAGGAAUGGUAGGGUCUUAGGGAAGGUUGAAGGGAGGGAGUAAAGAAGGUCUUGAGUCCUAAAGGCUUAGACAUGCAGUAGGCUUGUAUGAGCAUGUUAGAUAGGAGUGAGUGGAGACAAGUGUUUUUUUAUGACUUGACGUGCUAUUGGAGUGUGAGCCUUCACUGGAAAAGAGGGGUGGGAUAUUGCAUUAAGGAUGGGCAUCUGAGCUGUAAUGUCAAUGCACCUCUAGCAGGAUGGUGAUGGAGUGAAUGAUGAAGAAAGUUUUUCUUCUUUUUGGGUCACCCUACCUUGACAGAAGAUGGAUGGUGUAUUUAAUAAAAAAAAAAAAAUCAUCCUCACUAUAUAUGUUGAUCUUCUUUCAAUGUACCAGCUGUAUCCCACGAGGUGGGUUGGCCCAGAAGGAAAAAAGAAAGUUUCUCCUUUGAAAUUUAGUAAUAUAUACAGGAGAAGGGGUUACUAGCCCCUUGCUCCCAGCAUUUUAGUCGCCUCUUACGACACGCAUGGCUUAUGGAGGAAGAAUUCUGUUCCACUUCCCCAUGGAGAUAAGAGGAAAUAAACAAGAACAAGAACUAGAAAGAAAAUAGAAGAAAACCCAGAGGGGUAUGUAUAUAUAUGCUUGUACAUGUAUGUGUAGUGUGACCUAAGUGUAAGUAGAGGUAGUAAGAUGUACCUGAAAUCUUGCAUGUUUAUGAGACAGAAAAAAGACACCAGCAAUUACAGGUUUCCAUUUUACACUCACUUGGCAGGACGGUAGUACCUCCCUGGGCGGUUGCUGUCUACCAACCUACUACCUAGGAUAUAUGUUGAUAUUUAGCUUAAUAUGAGUAUGGGAAUCAGUUCUUAGUAUAAUGAUAAUAACAAUCAUGUUAUUUGUAAAUUUAAAAUAAAGCAUAAUAAUUAUUGUUAGAAUUACUUUGUAUAUGGAUGUUGACACAGACACUCAGGGAAUCAAUAAGUGAUAUAAUAGGUCUCUUUAGAGGUCAGUUAAUGAGUAUUGAAUAUGUACUGUAUGUCAAACAAUUAUUAUGCGAGAUAAAGACAUAAGCUACAGAACAAAGUUGUAUUUGGACAUUUAACUCUGUGUAGAGAUUUAUCAUAUUAUGGCUUGAUAUGAUUCAGAUUCAAAAACUAAAAUUCAAAAUUUUAUUUUCAAAACAUUAUACAUGUACUGUACAUAAGUACAGUAUAACAUUUGAAAAACUCAUAGUUUGCACAGCAUUUUGGGCACCUUAGACUAGAGGGAAAACUACUUACUGGUAAUAUUAAAAUGGUUACAUAACUGUUGAGUUCUCUAAGUUUCAGGGAGAGCUAUGGCAUAAAUGUGGUUGAAAUAAUUAUGCACAUCAGUUUUUAAAUUUUGGUUUAAAUUCAUUAUGUAUGUUAAAGUUCUUUUAAUUUCAACUACAGUAGUCAGCUGUUUCACAUUUUUUGGUCAUUUUAUUUAAAUAGAAAAGGACUACAGUUAAGAUUAAUACUACCAGUAUAAAAAAAAAUAAAAAAUAUAUUGGACACUAUAUAAAGUUUCAUAAUACUGUUAUACAAAUUGUAGUGAAAAUUAAGCAGUUAGUGAAAGACAUUAAAUUUAGAUUUAAUGGUAAAAUGAAAUUUCAGAAUUUAAAAACAAAUACAAUAAUGAUGUAAUAAUUUUGAAGAGAUGAUUAAAAACAUUGGAUGUGGUGUAAUUUAUAAGUUGAAUGUAAAGGUAUAAUGACAAUUUGAUGAGCUGCAUUAGAAAUUGUUUAAGAAAAAUACAUUAAACACACAAAAAUGUCUAAAUUUUUUAUUGAAUUCAUUAGGAAAAUUACAAUUUUUAAAUUAAUCUGGUACUCUAUUCCUUAUUUUUGGCCCUUUUAUUUGGAUUAAACUUUUGUAGACUUCUAGGCAAAUACAUACCAGGAAUAUAGAGGCAUUUGUGAUGCCUAUGUAUCCUGUUGCAGUUUCCCAGAAAGUGUCUUAGGUCAGCAUCAGCAUUACAGUAGUGUUUUGAAAUUGUGAAGUAAGCAGUAGUUAGUAAGUAUGGCACUCAUAUUUAGUAGGUUUAGUAGGAAUUUACAUAAGGGCAUAGUGAGUUUAUGAUGGUUCUGAUAGCUUCCUUUUGUUUUAUGAUAAUUGGUUUGAAGUGGACAGCUGAGGUAGAACCUCAACAUGUCUCUUUUCUUUACUAAUGCCAUUACACCAUUUGGAUCCAGAAAUUAUUAUAUACUAGUGGUAUAAACUAGAAAAGUCCUCUAACAAAUUACAGUUUCAAGGCAUAACUUAUGAAAAAAGUAUGUAAACCAUAAGUUGUGGUAAUUUCUCAGAACAGGUGAUGUUCAUUUCUUAUCAUAUUCAGGGUUGUAUACUGUACAAGAGGGCCCCAUUAUACAGCAGGUUAGGUUCUGGGGAACUGGUGUAAAGCAAAAAUUGCUGUAAAGUGAAACAUAGGAUUUUUCACGUACAAAUGCAUAUAAAAGCCUGAUAACAUGUUUUCAUUAUCAUAUUGAGUUAACAGUAUAGCUAGGCCUAAAAAAUCCAUAUACAGUGGUACCUCAGGAUACGAACAGCUCAAAACUCGAACAAUUAUGUAAGUGCUUUUGUAAGUGUAUUUUUGGGGGGGUCUGAAACAGAUUAAUCUAGUUUGCAUUAUUCCUUAUGGGAACAAAUUCAUUUGGUAUCGGCAUUCGAACAGCCUUCUGGAAUGAAAUAGUUCAUAACCCGAGGUACCACUGUACAGUGCACACAUUACAUACCUUAAAAUAUUCAUCCUGAGCUUAAAGUGAGUGGUGAAUAUAUUUAUUGUAGGAAGCCUGAAUGAAUGAAUAAAUAAAUAGCAAAGCACUGUAAAGCAGGGCCUGCCUGUAUAUUCUUUCCUGCUCACGGGGUUGCAACUUUUCACUAAGUCGUUUAACCCUUUGACUGUUUUCGACGUAUAAAUACGUCUUACAAGCCAAUGUUUCUGACGUAUAUAUACUCAGUAAUUCUCAAUAAUUCUAGAGUUUUUAUGAGGAUAGUGAGGCUCAGGUUAGGGUGUGUAGAAGAGAGGGAGAAUACUUCCCGGUAAAAGUAGGUCUUAGACAGGUAUGUGUAAUGUCACCAUGGUUGUUUAAUAUAUUUAUAGAUGGGGUUGUAAAAGAAGUAAAUGCUAGGGUGUUCGGGAGAGGGGUGGGAUUAAAUUAUGGGGAAUCAAAUUCAAAAUGGGAAUUGACACAGUUACUUUUUGCUGAUGAUACUGUGCUUAUGGGAGAUUCUAAAGAAAAAUUGCAAAGGUUAGUGGA